GGUCGAGGGGUGACCUGUGGGCCACCCGGACGUCGGUCCCCGGGCCUUCUAUGUGACUCUUCGUGUGAGACGGUGGUUGAUACCUUACAGUGCUCGAGUCUUGUCACCCGAUGUGCCUGUACACAUCCUAUCUGUAUGACUGGUUGCGAUUGAGUCGAUAUUUGGUGCCACAGAGUGUGAGACUGGAAGGGUGAAACAGAGGAAAGCAGAAAAAUUCUAGCCUGGUGAUUCUGGAUGCUGCAAGGACAGCCUAGUUUCUCAUGCUCUCUUCCCUGUCGCAUUCAUCUAAGGACACUGCCAUUUCUCAAGAAAAGAGUCAAAGGGAGGAGAGAAUGGCUGUUGGACUUCUUAAAGCCGUGUGCCAGGAGUUGGUGACCUUCAGAGAUGUGGCUGUAGACUUCUCCCAAGAGGAGUGGGAUUGUCUAAAUUCUUCUCAAAGGCAUCUGUACAGUAAUGUGAUGUUGGAGAACUACAGGAUCUUGGCAUCACUGGGACUUUGCUUUUCUAAACCAAGUGUGAUAUUAUUGCUGGAACAAGGGAAGGAGCCCUGGAUGGUGAAGAGAGAGCUGACAAAAGAAUUGUGCUCAGACUGGGAAUCUGUGUGUGAGACUGAAGCAUUAACCCCAAAGCAGGACAUUUAUGAAGCACGAUCCUCUCUGAAGGUAAUAGAAAAACUUACAAGCUGUGGCCUUGAGUACUCCAGUUUGAAAGAAGAAUGGAAAUGUGAGGACCAUUUUGAGAGGGAACCGGUGAAUCAGAAGGCAUGUAUCAAGGAAGAGACAAUCACUCAUGAAGAAGCCCCUGUUAAUGAAAGAGGACAAGAAUAUAACAAAACUUGUGGAAGUUUCCAUCCUAACACACUACUUCAUACACAACAGAUAAUCCCCAAAGAGGAGAAAGUACAUAAACAUAGCACACAUAAAAGCUUUAAAAAAAAAUUAAUGGCCAUUAAACCCAAGAGUAUCUAUACAGAGAAGAAACUUUUGAAAUGUAAUGACUGUGAAAAAGUCUUCAGCCAGAGCUCAUCCCUUACUCUUCAUCAAAGAAUUCACACUGGAGAGAAACCCUAUAAAUGUGUAGAAUGUGGGAAAGCCUUCAGCCAGAGAUCAAAUCUUGUUCAACAUCAGAGGAUUCAUACUGGAGAGAAACCCUACGAAUGCAAGGAAUGUAGGAAAGCCUUCAGUCAGAAUGCACACCUAGUUCAACAUCUGAGAGUUCAUACUGGAGAAAAACCUUAUGAAUGCAAGGUGUGUAGGAAAGCCUUCAGCCAGUUUGCUUACCUUGCUCAACAUCAGAGAGUUCAUACUGGAGAGAAACCCUAUGAAUGUAUUGAAUGUGGGAAAGCAUUUAGCAAUAGAUCAUCUAUUGCUCAACACCAGAGAGUUCAUACUGGUGAGAAACCUUAUGAAUGUAAUGUCUGUGGGAAAGCAUUUAGCCUUCGUGCAUACCUUACUGUACAUCAGAGAAUACAUACUGGAGAGAGACCCUAUGAAUGUAAGGAAUGUGGCAAGGCUUUCAGCCAGAAUUCACACCUUGCUCAACAUCAGAGAAUUCAUACUGGAGAAAAGCCUUAUAAGUGUCAGCAGUGUAGGAAAGCAUUCAGCCAGAUUGCCUACCUUGCUCAACAUCAGAGAGUUCAUACUGGAGAGAAACCCUAUGAAUGUAUUAAAUGUGGGAAGGCUUUUAGCAAUGAUUCAUCCCUUACUCAACAUCAAAGAGUUCAUACUGGAGAGAAGCCUUACGAAUGUAAUGUUUGUGGAAAGGCUUUUAGCUACUGUGGAUCCCUUGCCCAACAUCAGAGAAUUCAUACUGGAGAGAGACCCUAUGAAUGUAAGGAAUGCAAGAAAACCUUCAGGCAGCAUGCACAUCUUGCUCAUCACCAGAGAAUCCAUUUUGGGGAGUCACUGUCACCACCCAACCCAGUCAAUCACCAAGUCCUGUAAACUAUCUCAUAAAUACUUCCGGAAUUUAUACUCUUUUCUCCAUCUCUAAUGUUGUCAUCUUAGUCUAAGAUUCAUCUCACCUGGAUCACUCUAUAACUUUCUAACAGGUCUUCCUGUAUCAACUUUUGGUCCUCUUAAAUUCAUUUCACACCAUGCACCCAAACUGAUCUUUUUCAAGUGUAAGAAUACACACAUCACUGCCUCCAGUUAAUUUUUUUGGCUUGCUAUUAUUCUUAAGCUAACAGCCACAGUCUUUAAAACUGUCUAUGAGGAGCUUCAUUACCUGGUUCUUUUAUAGCUUUCAGCCUUAUUUUAUUCCAGUCUCUCUGGGCACUAGGCACUUUCCAGGACUCUGGAAAAUCAUAGCUCUACCACUACUGUGGCAUGGUGUGACUUUGAGUAAUUUGCUUGGCUUAUCUAUACCUCAGGGUUUUCUUUAAUUCUUAAAAUAGGGAUCAUAAGGAUAUUGUAGAAAUAUGAGUAUUAAAUGAAAUAGUGUCUAUUGUAGUUUGGUGCAUAUUAAGUAAGAAAUUUGCAUGCAAAGUACUUCACAUAGUGCAUCAAAUAUAGCAGAUAUUCAAUUAAAAAAUAAUAGCUAACAUGUAUUGAGUGCCUACUAUGCAUCAGGCACUAUUCUACAUACUUAACAUAUAUUAACUCAUUUAAUCCUUACAGCUAAAACAAGAUUCCUCAGUGAACAAAGCAGAACAUCCAUGGGAAGCAGCAGGUCAGAACUGGGAAAACCUAAAAACUUUAGAAUAUAUGUGGGAGUGUUUGUACUCUAGGUGAGUAACUGAUAUAGACAAAAGUAGUAGAACUAUAACACAAUCAGUUUUAGGAGGUUUCUGAAGAGAAAGAAUUGGAUAAACUAAUUAAAGAAAAUGAAGAUUCACUGAGAAUAUAGAGCUUAUAUUUAGAUCAAGAAAAGAACAGAAAGUAUUGCAAUUAACUCCAAAAACCCAAAAAACAGAAGUUUAUACUGUAGCAUAAAAAGACAUCAGUCCCAAGUAACCAUAUGGGUGAAUCUAGGUGAUUUCAAAAGCCUUUAAACUGUUUCAUACCAUAGAAAAAGUAUAAAGUUUAUAAAUUUUUAUCAAGUCAUUAUAAAAUUGAAACCAAAAGGGGAUUGGGGAAGAAAAUUACAGUCAAAUGUGUGUGUCUAUACAGUUUCAUUCAUUCAGUGAAUAUUGAGUAGCUACUGUUCACCACACACUGAUUUAGAUGUGAGGAGACAACAUGAUCGAUACAAAGACCAUGUCCUCAUGGAGUUAAAACAAUAGAUUUUCUAGGCCCAGAAAACUGAAGAACAAUAAAAUAAAUCAAAGUGUAUUAUAUAGCCUAGGCUGAAGAGACUCAAUAUUAUGCCUAAUUUACAAAUUCACUGCAAUUCCAACCAAAAUUCCUCUUUACCCUUUAAUUUCACAACUUGGUUUUGAAAUUCAUCUAUGAAGUAUGAAUUCUAAAGAACAGCAAGAAAACUAUUGAAUCUAAUCUAUUUGCAGAAUUUUUGCAUGUGAUAAAGAUGGUUUCUACCAGUAGAGAAACAAUGGAUUUGGGAGUAGUAAAAUAACUGACAAUGUAUAUCACGGCAGUAAGGGAAACAAAUAAAACCACAGCAAACUAUUUUGAAAUCAUCACAUUAACAAAAGCAUCACAGUACCUAUUACUGGGAAGAUGUGGAGCAAUACAAAUAUCCAUACAGUGCAGUUGAAAAUAGUUUUUUAAAAAGGAUAAUUUGUCAAUAUCCAGUAAAGUUGAAGAUGUGGAUACUCUGACCCAGCAAUUCCACACUUAAAUCUCUAGAGAGCCUCUCCUCAUGUGUUCAGGGAGAUGUAUGUGAAGACCCAAUUCAGUGUUGUUUGUGAAAAUGAAAAGUUUAAGGCAAGCAAAACAACCAUUAGGGUUUAAAUAAGUUACAAUUGAAGUUGAAAUUAAUGAAUUAGAGAUACCUUUAUCAACAUGGAUACAUCGCAAACAAUAUUGAAAUUGAACUAGAGGGUAUUUUGUAUGAUAAGCUUCCAUUUAUUUAUAUAAAGUUUGAAAACAUGCAAAUCAACAUUAUGUAUAUUUUUCAUGGCUAACUACCAUGUGGAAAUAGUGUAAUAACAUUCAUGGAAAUAAUUAUCAAAUUGUGAUGACCUCUGGGCUGGGAGAAAAAUGAGAUUGAGGAAAGGAUGCAAAGGGGGAUUUCUUCUAAUCAUUUAUUUCUUUAAAAAAUAACUAUGGCCAGUUCUUCUAAAUUGAUAAAGCUGGUUGUGGUUUUUAUUCUCUGUAUCUUUCUGUAUAUUUAAACUAUUUCAUAAUUAAAAAAAUUUAAGUCAUAUUUGCUUUUGUUAGUUAUUUCUUCACUAUACCUCAGGCACACCAUAUUCACUAUUCAUCCAAUCCAUAGUCACCAUUUUCUUCAGAAAGAAGCUCGUAUACCAUCGACUUCCAGAUGCAAUCACUGUUAACAAUUUGCUGACUAUCCUUCCAGGCAUCAGUGUUUUGAGAAUGACUAUUUUUAAUACUGAGAGGUUUAUAGCCUACUUACUACAUGUUUUUUCCCCAUCAUUCUUUUUUCCCCCAGUUUUAUUGAGAUAAUGUUUUGGUACAUUUAUACACGGUGAAAUGAUCACCACAAGCAAGCUAAUUAACAUAUCCAUCACCUCACAUACUUACCAUUUGUGUGUACUACAUUUUAUCAUCAGUAUGAUUAACAAUAACUUGCUAUUUCUCCCCAGUCACUCCAAGCCCUGGCAACCACCAAUCUACUUUCUGCCUCUAUGAAUUUGAUUAUCCUGGAUAUAAAUGGAAUUAUACAAUAUGUUGUGUUUUAUGACUGACUUCUUUCCGUAAGAGUUUACAAUAGAGUUUACUCUUGGUAUUGUUUAUUGCAUGUGUUUGGAUAAUGUUAUGAUGAUACAAAUCCACCAUUAUAAUAUCAUACAGAGUAGUUUCACUGCCCCCCAAAUUCUGUGUUCCAUUUAUUUAUCCCUCAUUACCCACUAACCACUGACAACAUAAAUUUUUUGUUGUCUCCGUCAUUCUGCCUUU